AUGGGUCUCUCCGAUGAUGCACGGACCCAGGCUGGGCUCUUUGUGCUCUUUGGGGCCACCUACCUGCUGACCCUGCUGGGCAAUGGGCUCAUCCUCCUCUUGAUCUGGCUGGACACUCGACUCCACCUGCCCAUGUACUUCUUCCUUGGCCACCUCGCGUUCGUGGACAUCUGCUACACCUCCAGCGGGGUCCCCCAGAUGCUGACACACUUCCUCCUGGGGAAGAAGACCAUCUCCUUUGCCAGAUGUGGGACCCAGCUCUUCUUCUCCCUGGCUCUUGGGGGCACCGAGUUUGUGCUGCUGUCUGCGAUGGCCUGUGACCGUUAUGUGGCUGUCUGUGACCCUCUGCGUUACAUGGCAGUGAUGAGUCCCAGGCUCUGUGUGGCACUGGCAGCAACUAUUUCUAGCCAAGAGAACCCUCAACUGACUUACGCUUUUCAGUCUCUUGCAUUUGAUUUUGUGGUUCUGCUCUGUGUGCCUUAA